AUGGCAGUGGAGUGCGACAAUCAACAUAAGCAUGAUCCUUACUUGGUUUAUCAGACCGGCCGACAGUGGAGAUUCAGCACCGCUGAGGAGGCCGAAUACACGCCUCAGCUUUGCCAGGAGGUGUCACAGCUGCUGGCCGCGACAGCGGGUUUGCCUUCACCCUUGGAGCCCCCUGCCGGACCCCGUGCUGUCUGGCCCCAGCCCCGCGGGUGCCACAAGCUCAUCCCUGAGUUCCUCGAGUUUCGCACCGAGGCCCCCCUAGAUAGGCCCUUUAAGGAGUUCACCUCGGGUUUAGGGGGUAGUUCCGGGAGGUUCGGGGUGUACAGAACGCCUACCGAGUUCAUCGAUUGUGCCCUAAAGCUCAGCCAUCCCUUCGACACUCAGCACUGCGUCCCAGAUGCCGUUAAAAGGAACAUCUUCAGGCGGCUGACCGAAGGACCAUCUGCUUUUGCCGAAGAGAGGCUCAGACUUUACAACAGGCUCAACCAGAUGGAGAAAGAACUUCGUUACGAGGAGGCGCGACUGCAUUCCACUUUGCCUGACCACACUCGCGAAGCCAUCAAGGGAAAGAACCUUCUGCUAUGGGCACAACUGCUGAAGGAGACAAAAUUUCCUGAUGAAGGCGUUUUCGACUUGAUGAUGGGCGUCGAUUUGGUGGGCAAGCCGGACAAAUCACCUUUGUUCGAAACCAAGGAAUCACCGGCUACAUCGACACCUGAGCUUCUCCUCGAAUCAGCUAGCUGGCGCAGAGAGAGGCUCAAGGGCCGUGAUCCGCACGAGAAAGAUCCGGAGGCGACCUGGCAACUUUGGGAUUGCACUCUGAAGGAUCGGGGCGACGGCUUCCUCACAGGGCCGUUCUACGAUGAGGACGAAGUGAAAACGCAUCUUGGAGUGGAUGAGUUCGUCUGUUCGAGAAGGUUCGUCAUCGAGCAGGGCACGCCGGAGAGGCCUAAACUUCGACCGAUCGACAACUACAAAGAGGGCGGGGUCAACGAGGCUUACCAUAGCCUCGAAAAGCUCGCAUUGUUUGAUGUCAACUGGAUGACGGCGAUGGCGACUUACAUCGCGCGGGUCUCGGAUGGAACUGGGAGAUUCUUCUCAGCACGGGAGAAAUUCUGCGCGGAGAGCUACACCCUUCUUGGAAAGCUAAGAAGCCCAUCUGGCAGGGGCGAACAUUGGAUUUGGAAAAAGCGUAUCGUCAAGUUCCACUUUCAACAGAGUCGCUACGACUGGGGGCUGUCUCGAUCGAUCCUGCAUUUGAGUUGGACUUUGAUUGGCAUGGUCUCCGGAUGCUUCUAUGACGACUUUCCGCUUCUUGAAAUCCAAUCAUCUGCGAAGCUUGUUUCGGAAUCGUUCGAACAUCUGCUGCGCAAAAUCGGGUGGAGGUAUUCCAAUGACCCAGCCAAAACCUCGCCUUUCAGUGAGAGCUUCGAUCUACUUGGAAUCCGUCUGAAUGCAGGCGACAUAUCCAACGGCGUUGUGGUUCUCCAAAACAAGGCGUCGAGGCUGGAGAAGAUGAAAGACACUUUCAUCCGCAUGGCGCUGAAUGGUGAAUGGAAUAUGCGGCAGCUUCAGUCGUUGCAAGGGCAAGUGAACUUCGCUUUGGGUUCUACUUCGGGAAGGGCUUUGAAGAUGUUGCAGCGUGCACUUGGAAGCUUCAUCAGAAAUCCUGAAGAUCGCAGCUCGAGUGACUUCCAGGCACUUUGUGAGUUCGGGAUCAGAUUGAUUGACGAGUGCAAACCAAGAGUGUUUGGCUGCCGGGGGCCUGAACAACCGGUGUUGAUCUUCACUGACGCAGCUUAUGAAAAAGGCGUCGCCGCAUACGGCGUGGUGGUCCUGGAUCCCUUCACUUCUUCUAAGCUGGUAGCUGGAGGUCGCAUUCCAACGAGACUGGUAGACUUUUGGAAGCUGGAAAGUCCCGAACAGGUGAUUGCUCAGGCUGAGGCGUUCGCCGUGGUCCUCGCGAGAGAAUCUUUCCGCAGCUUGAUACAUGGGAGACGAACCAUUUACUUCAUCGACAACGAGGGAGCGAGAGAAGUCCUAAUUAAUUAA